UUCAUCUCUCUUUACUUCGGACCUGAUGAUCUCAUAUUGGAUCAGAAACUUCCCUUGAAGGUUUCAAGCCGAUCCACGUCAGUAGUUACAGUGAAGUUGAAAUCGGACACACACACUGAGGAUCAUCAGAGGCUGAAAUGUCAUCGGCAUUGAAACAAGCAGUUUCAGAUCUCUCCAUCCCGGUCUCAUGGGGACAGAUCAGAGGGAAAGUCUGGGGUCCUGAACACGGUCGUCCUGUGCUGUGCCUGCACGGCUGGGCUGACAACUGUGGCACAUUCAACACCCUCAUUCCCCUUCUACCCAAAGAGUACAGGUAUGUGGCGGUGGACCUGGCGGGUCACGGUCUGUCCUCCCACCGCCCCCCCGGAGCCUUCUACACAAUCAUCGAAAACGUGGCGGACGUACGCAGAGUCGUUGCCGGGCUGCGGUGGACCAACUUCUCCAUCAUAGGACACAGCAUGGGUGGCAGCAUCGCUGCCAUGUUCAGUGCACUCUAUCCUGAGAUGGUGGACACUCUGGUGCUUCUGGACUCUUAUGGAUUCGUGGCCACAGAUUCAAAAGAGCUUCCCGAAGUGCUGAGGAAGGUGAUGGUCGCGAUGUUUCAGUUUGAAGAGAAGCCGGAGGAGAAGAAAAGAGUUUACACUUAUGAGAAGGCGGUCGAGAGGCUGUCGGCUGCAAACCCGACGAUGACUGAGCAUUCGGUGCGCGUCCUUUUAGAGCGAGGUCUAGUUCAAGUGGAAGGAGGAUUCACGUUCUCCAGAGACCUGCGAAUUAAUUUUAAAAACCCAUGGCGCAUGUGUUUGGAGCAGAGUCUGGAGAUGCAGUCGAGGGUUCGGGCCUCUGUUCUCCUUGUUCUAACCGAUAAAGGCUUCAAUAGAACAUUGUUCGAACCAUCUCAAAGGAAGUUUACCUCAACGCUCCUCCGGGGCUUACAGGACCGAAACCACACGGUGGUGACGGUACCAGGUGAUCACCACGUUCAUCUGAACGAGCCUGAAGUCGUCGCUCCCAUCGUGUCUGACUUCCUGCGGAACAGAGCGCGGUCCCAGUCAAACCACGGACAGCACAAGUUAUGAGACACCAACAUACUGGCACCGUGCAGUUCUAUUGUACAGAUGUCUUCUUCUUCUUCGGGCCUUGUCCUCUUUAAUGUGUUUGUCAG